AUGAGCUCACUUUUUGGGAAAUCAUCAGUACAUUCCAAAUCAUCUGAUAAAAGUGAGCCAAAGAGAAGCGGUUCAAACAACGACAAGAUCAAGCCUGAUCAUCAUGACGUUGAUGGACAAGAUCUAGAGGGAGAUUCUAAAGUUCCUUCCGGGAAAGCAAGCUCAAACUCAGACUCAAUCGAUGUUCGGAUUCAUUGGACUUCAAAACCCGCAGAUUCUGAACUGCCCCCGCGGGUUCACGGGUUUGACAACGAAAGGCUGUCGUUGAAGAAGCUGCUCGGGAAUCGGGAAAACGACAAUCAGUUCAAGGCGGUUGGGAUCGUCGGGACACGUGGCGUAGGAAAAACGGCUCUUUGCCAAGAGUACUACCUCGAGAGCACGUUUUUCCUUCCUAGGGUUUGGGUGUCCAUCCCCAAACAGACGGCAAAUAUCGGAAAGGGUCAUCAUGAAAGCCCUAAGAUUGCAAUUCUGAAAAGAAUUUUGGCAAGUCUUGGCAUUGAAGAAGAAAAGAUCACAAUGAAUACUAGAGCAAAGAACGUAAAACCUGAUUCAUCAUCACAUGAUCUUGAUGAUGAUUUCAUAUUACUCGAAGACUUGCUCUAUAUUCUACGUCUUCAAUUGAUUGGAAAGAGGUACUUAAUUGUGCUUGAUGAUGUACGUGAUCAAUUAUCACCUGAUGCGUGGUACGAAAACUUAGACAAAUCAGGUACCGGCACAGAUCCCGAUACCUCCGGCGGUACUAGUCUUGCUUGUGCACUGCCAAAGGGGUGUGGAGGAACGGUUAUUGUGACGACUAGGUUUGACGAGACAGCCAAGAAGAUGGUUGGGGAGGCUAAUGUGCUCCGAGUUCUCCCCUUACCGGAUCCGGAGAGCAUAUUGGAGAUAUUUUGGGACGCCGCUUUAGGCGGAGAUCCGUCGUUGAGCAACACAGAUGUACUAAAAGAUAAAGCACUGGGGAGGAUAGCAGAUAUUGUACAUCCAGGGACCUCGUUGAGUGGGAAUAAGACUGAUAUCACAAAAGCCCUAAUUAGAGAGAAGGUUAUAAUCAAGUGUAAUGGGCUUCCGUUGGCAGCAAAAUUGAUGGGGGUAACCAUGCGCAAACAGUUGCAUGAUCAGAAUAAAGAACAUAUUGAUGCAAGUAAUCAGAAAGAAGAACCAAAGAAGGGAGAUAAUUAA